AGCUAGCCGAAACCCAAAGCGUCUUGUUUACAUCAGGGGUCCAUCUAAUUAUAUUACGAGAUCGAAGGCCGCUCUCGUCUUCUCUCUCGGAUCCUCUAGCGCUGGAAGAGGAGUUAUUGCUUUAUAUGCUAUUUUUUGAUGGGAUCUACAAAGAACACACAUAUGUAUUAUUCAUCGGACAAGGAACCUUUGGAGGAUGAGGAUUCGGCAAUCAUGAAAACUGUUAAGGCGGCUACCUCGGGUUUGGCUGCUGGGACUAUAUGGGGUACGGUCGUUGCCACAUGGUAUGAUGUACCUCGUGUAGAGCGACAUGUCGCACUACCAGGCCUCAUUAGAACCCUGAAGAUUUGUGGUAACUAUGGUUUGACUUUUGCUGCCAUUGGAGGUAUCUACAUUGGUGUUGAGCAGUUGGUUUUGAAGCAAAGAGUUAAGAGGGAUUUCAUAAAUGGCGCAGUGGGUGCUUUUGUGGCUGGUGCAUCUGUUUAUGGUCUCAAAGGGAAAUCCAUUCCGUCGGCACUCGCCGCAGGGUCAGCUCUGGCUGUGACUUCUGCUAUCCUUGACAUCGGCGGUCGGACGACAAGAGUUGAUGUAGGCAAGGAAUACUAUCCUUACACCACUGAGAAGAGGCCCUCACCCUCUGUUAGUUGAUCACUUUAAGCAUCGUGCAGAACCUUCACUUCUUAUUCGUUUCCUAAUUGCUGUGAUUGAGAAAAUUUACUGUUCUUAAUCAUCCUUGUUACUUGUUUUUUUUGUUUUUGUUGACUGAGAGUUGCAAUAUAUCUUAAUAAUUUGCAGUCGUUUGUAUGUACGCUGGUAAUCUGAAAGAUUAUUCUGAGGGAACAUGCAUUGUUUUUCUAUAUCUAAAAUGAUGCGUACUGAAUAUGGAUGGGUUUUUGAAUUAUAUUGAUCCCUUGUGACCA